AUGGCUGGACGGAGGAGAACCAGUUUCACUGGCGUGUUCAUCACAACGCUGCUGGCUGUGAUUCUGCUGCCUGCGUUCCUGUCUGCUGGACCAAUUGUGCGAAAGGCAAAAGGAGAUGCGGGAGAAAGUAUCCAGGAGAUGGCGGCUUCUGCAGAGUCACACAGGAAGCUGAUCCGCAACCGCAGGAACAUCAGCUGGUACAAACAGAACUCUGAGUUCUGGAACUGGUACAAGUACUUCACCGACAACGGCAACCAGGAGGCCGUUCAGGAGAUGGACCGCAUCUACCUGGCCUACCUCCAGAACAAGAACCGAGCUGAAGGACGUCGCUCCUACAAGGCCUACUUGCGACACCUGGGGGACGUCUACAAGUCCUGCUCCGACUCUGAUGACCCCAACUGUGUGUCUGCCUACACCAGCAGGCCCAAACCUAAGCCAGAGCCCCCCAAGCCUGCACCUGUGAAAACCUGCGACCCCACCAAGGACGCCUACUGCCUGUACGCUGCUUUGGUCCAGGGCAAGAGCCCCUACCUGCCCCUGGUGCUCCCAGCCGCCACCCCCGCCCCAGCACCAGUGAAGGCCCCAGCACCUAUGUACGUCCGCACUGCUGCUCCAGCCAAGGACCCCCAGUCCGGGUAUUACUACUACGCUCCAUCCGCCACGCCUUUCCUUUCCAAGGAGCAGAAGGCUGAGCUGCUGCGUAUCUGCUCCCAUGAUGACGUGGAGUGCCUGCAGUACCACCUGAGAGCAGCCCACGGGUACGGACCCUCUGCCGGACCCCUGCCUUCCUACGCCCACCUCGGCUGUGACCCCAAGAAAGACCCCAGCUGCAAACCCAAACUGGUGCAGAAAGCCCCCUCUGGUCUCUACAUGCAGUACCCCAACUGUGACCCACGGGAUCCCCGCUGUGCCCACGCUGCCUCCCUCGAGGCGCCUCGUGCCCCUAACCCCCCUGCCGCCGCCGGCCCUGGAUCCUGCAACCCUCUUUAUGAAGAAGGCUGCAACCCUCUUACUGCCACCAGAUUCGCCUCGCCCCCUGAUGCAUACAAAAAUGAGGAAGAAGAUGAGGCUGCUGCCAUUCGUGCUCCUCCUGCUGCACAGAACAACCCCUAUGCCAUGUUUAGAGAUGCUUAUGCUAAUGCUAACAGAGUCACUGAUCCCUAUGCUAUGUACCACCAGCAGCCCAGCGCCCCAGCUUCUCCUCCAGCUAACGACCAAUACGCCAUGCUGCGCCGAUUCAUGGCCCACGCUCAAGGUCAAGGUCAAGACCAAUAUGCUUCACGCAUGGAGGCUGCUCCAGAGUCCAACCCCAACGAUCCUUUCGCCGCCAUCCGUGAGGCGGCGGCUGCUAUGCACCGCCGCGGCUCUCCCACCCCCAGGCAGCAGUUCCCUUUUUCAAAUCCCGCUUAUGAGGAGCCAGCACAGGAGGAACGCAACCCACUGGGCCCCCCAGGUAAAACCAAGGAGGGCUAUGAUUGCUACAUCGGCUACGAUCGUGACUGCUCCCCCGUGACGCCCGCCGAGCCUCGCUCUGGAAUUCACCGUCGCAUCCCUUACCCCGCUGAGGCCUACGAGCCCCACCUGAACGCCGACGGCUCCCGCAAUGGAGUCAUGGAGCCUACCAACCAACACUGCGACCCCGAGUACGACCGCGACUGCCGCCUGCGCCGCUACGAGCCUGAGCCCGAGGCCCAGCCCGAGCACCACGCCGUGGAGGACCACAACCACGAGAUGGAGCAGCAGCCAGAGGAGCAGGAACAGGAUCAGUACGAGGCGGAGCCCUACCAGAGCGGCCAGGAGGAGCCUCACAUGUCCUACCCGACACACUCACAGGGUAUGCCCAGUCUUCAGGACAUACUGAGACGCUACGGAGACCAGUACCCUGAGCAGCAGGAUCACAGAGCCUAUGCAGACGACUACCGCAAGAAAUAAACAUGCACACAUGCAUGCAGAUGGACAUGAAUACACAGUCCCAUGCGUUCUCGCAGCUUAGCCAUUCACCGCCUCGCGCAGCACGCAGUACCUGGACCAGAUACGGGACACAAGAGAAGUCUAUGGACCCAAUGAGCGAGUACAUGCACGUACAUCCACACAUAGCUUCCAGCUGAAGGAGAACGCUCAGAAAGCCGAGGGUGUUCCAGCAAUGUUUUCAUCUCUUUUAGCUGCUUUAGACCUGUUGAUGUGGCCUUUAGCUUUCCAAUUUCCACCUCCUCAAACCACUCGAAUGUGUAAUGACUUCUCAAUGCUCUCAGCUUUGCUUCUGUAUCUAUGCAUCUCACUUUUUUUUAUUUGUUUGUUACUUUUUGUCAGAGAUGGAUUAUG